UCUUCUUCUAGCCAAGUUCUACCCACAUAUGACAGCCUGGAUGAACCUUCUGUGAAGACCAUGAGUUCCAUCUUCGCCCGCUCCCUAAAUGUCGUCACCACCUUCUAUGUGCUGGUCGGCUUCUUUGGUUACGUCAGUUUCACAGAAACAAUAGCUGGCAAUGUUCUGUUCAACUUCCCGUCCAAUCUGGUGACCGAGAUGAUCCGCGUUGGCUUCAUGAUGUCGGUGGCCGUCGGGUUCCCAAUGAUGAUCCUUCCCUGCCGGCAGGCGCUGAAUACGCUCCUAUUUGAGCAGCAGCAAAAAGACGGCACGUUUGCAGCCGGUGGGUACAUGCCGCCUCUGCGCUUCAAAGUGCUGACGUUAGCCGUGGUGUUCGGGACCAUGAUGGGCGGGAUUCUCAUACCGAAUGUGGAAACCAUUCUGGGUGUGACUGGAGCAACCAUGGGAAGUCUCAUCUGCUUCAUCCUUCCAGCCCUCAUUUAUAAGAAGAUCCAUAACAAGGGCCUGUCCUCACAGUUCAUUCUGGGAGUUGGCCUGGUGAUCCUGGUGAUCAGCACCUACGCUACCAUGACCGUUCCCCAGGAACCGUCGCUGCAAAUCAAGUCCGAGGUGCUGGGGAGAGAAGGAAUUAAAGACGGGGAGGUGGAGCUGGAACAGAACAUUCCCAAAAUAUCAGUCCAGAAACCUGCCGUGGAGGAGCCCGCCGAUGACCGGGACAAGCCCAAGUUACCUUCGAAGAAGGAUGAAGUGGAACAGCCUCAGAUUAAGGGCCCCAUUGAUGUCCCCCAACCAGUAGAGGAGAAGAGGAAGCAGGAAGAGGUGCAGCUGGACCGACCUGACAAAGGCAUUGCUGUACCCGUCGGAGAGGCCCACCGCCAUGAGCCCCCAGUUCCGCAGGACGGAGUAGCUGUCGAUGAAGGGAAGGACCACGAGGAGUCCGAGGAGAAGGUAGUCCCCGAGGCCAAGGUAGAUGCUGGUCUCAAGGAUGAUCAAUUAGAGGGCAAAAUUGAACAGCAACUUCCACCCCAAAAGGAAGAUCAUGGACCCCCACCUCAGCAGCCUCCCCAGGAGGAAGGGGUAGCGAAAAAAGAUCUAGAGAAUGCGCCUGCCGUCAAAGAACUGGAGGUCCCACCUCCGAAGAAAGAUCUACAAGGAGACAAAGCUGAGAACGAAGUGGUGGAUUCCAAGAAGAAUGCAGACCCGGCGCCAGGAGACCAGAUAGAUUUGGCCGAGGCGGAGAAAGUUCUAGAAAAUCAGCUGAAGAAUGCCGAGGGGGUGGCUGGGGAGAAGGAUGGAAUCGAUCUCGCCCUGGCAGAGAAAGUUCUAGAAAAGCAGCUGCAGAAGGCCGAAGUGGCAGCUGCGGAGAAAGAAAAAAUCGACCUGGUGGUAGCUGAGAAAGUCCAAAAGAAACAAACUCAAGAAGAAGACCAGAAGGCACCAGCGCCUGGCGAUGCAGAACCUGAGCAGCGUGAAGUUCGAAAUGCUGACGGGAAGGCAGCGGGAGAGCCAAGAAGCCGAGCUCAGGAGGCUAGAGCAACAAGCCGGGAAGGCGGAGCUGUUGGAUCACGCCAUCUUGUUACAAGUCAUUAAAGAGCAACAAGUGCAGCAGAAACGUCUUCUGGACCAGCAGGAGAAGCUGUUGGCGGUGAUCAAAGAGCAGCACAUGGAGAUCCACCAGGAGCAGCAAGGUGACAAGGCAGAGGGCCUCGCUCCAGAACAUCCGCGGAGUAAAGAAGAAAUGAAAGCGGGAAAAGCAGAUGAAAAAGAUCCCGUUAAUAACAAGGAGCCCAUUGCAAACCCCCGGAAGGAAGAGCAGAGAAAAGACACAAAUAUAGCUGGCUUGCCUGUUCCUGAGAUGAAAAUCGCCAAGGAAAACGCUGUGCUGCAGAACAAUAAAGAUCCGAAUGUCAUGAAUAAGGCCCCGGAGCCUGAGAUGGUGAAGAAGACAGAGGAUCACCCUGCUCUUCAGAGGGUUGACAUUCCACAACAAAAAGCAGAAGCUGAGCAGGUUGUCCAUAUACAGAAGCCAGGCCAUGAAGAGGACAGGGCACUGAAGAAGCAAAACCAGGACAAGAACCUGCUCAAAAACCAAGAUGGUGACCUGAAAGCCAAAGUGAAUGAGGCCUUGCCUGGUCCUCCGGAGCACAAGCUUGUUGUAGAACCGCAUGCCCCGGGGGAUAAAGUGGUAAAAAUAACAGCGGGAAGCUUGGAGCAGCAGAAAGCCCAGCCUCAGGAGGGGAAGGACCUAAAGAGGUCAAAGUUCAAAGAGUGGACCGAGAUCUGCAAAGACCAAGUUCUAACAUCAAUGUUCCAAAGGAACCCAACCCUAAGGAACUUCACAACCAGGCUAAUGCAGCAGCAGGGAAAGAGCCCGCAAUACCAGCCAUUGCUGAGAAGGUUGCUGGUGAGAACAAGAUGGAAGACAGCAAAGACGGGGCAGCGCCAGAUAACGAGCAGGGCAAACCCAACCGAGACCUGAAGCUGCAGAACGAAUUGGAUCUCCGGAGACGGAAGAGAGAACUUGCGAAUGAAGCGAUGGAGAGCGACGGGUCCCAAAUCAUCGGCUUCAACCACGCCCCUGACCUGAGAGUCAAUGACCUCCACGCGGCACUCGAGGCUCAUCUCAAUGCCAAAGCCGGAAUACAGGUGGUCUACAGCCGACAAAUCAAACAGCUGACAGAGGAGAAGAAGAGGAGAUGA